AUUUGACGUCGCCACCCCUCUCCUCAGGUUGGCGCGGAGAGUGGCAGCUCCUGAGGUCACAGCUUCCGCUGGCGCCAGUGGCCUAGCUCCCUACCGCUGCCCUUGGUCGUGUUGGGCUUGUCACCGGGCUGCAGCAAUCACGAUGUUUCAGCUUAUACGUGACUACUGGGUUCAUGUAUUGGUUCCCAUGGGAUUUGUCUUUGGAUGCUAUCUAGACAAGAAGAAUGACGAAAAGCUAACUGCCUUCCGGAAUAAGAGUAUGCUAUUUCGAAGGGAACUGAGGCCCAAUGAAGAAGUUACUUGGAAGUAAAGCCUGUGGCUAAAUCACAGAAUGUUCACAUUUUAAAAGUUAUUGGAGAAAUAAAAACAUUUAUUAAUUAAUUGGAA